GAUGGCAUUGCUUUAUAUUAUUCCAUCUUUCUUGGCUUAAAACUCCUAAUAACUUGUACUUCCAAAAAAACCAAAAACCAUGAAUGAUCUCUGUGGAAAGUUGGUGGUGGAUGUUCCCAUCAAAGCUUCAGCUUCACAGUUUCAUGAAAUAUUUCACCAAAGACCUCACCAUAUCUCCAAUGUCUCCACCGACAAAAUACAAGGCGUGGAUCUUCACGAAGGUGAAUGGGGAAAAGUUGGCUCUAUCAUCUGCUGGAACUACUUUCAUGAUGGGAAGAAUUCAGUGGCAAAGGAGAUAGUGGAAGCAGUCGACGAAGAGAAAAAUUCCAUAACUUUCAAAGUGAUUGAGGGGGACCUUUUGGAGGAAUUUAAGAGCUUCAAGCUUACAAUCCAAUGUGUUCCAAAGGAAAAGGGAAGUGUUGUUCAUUGGACUUUAGAAUACGAGAAACUGCACCCUGAGAUUAAAGAUUCUCAUACCUUCUUGGAUAUUCGUGGAGACCCAGCUGAACUACUGGAGAUAGCCAAGACACAUAUUUAA